UUUAUGAUAACUAUAAAUAAAUAUUUGGUGAUUUGGAGGAGAAAGAGAUUCAAAUAUUAAAUAAUGUGGCAGCAACCUAGCUCUUCUUCUGAAUAUUCAAACAAUUUUGAUUUAUUUUAUGCAGAGGUCAAGGAUAUUGAAAGACGCGAUUCGGUUCUUACAUCCGAACAACAAAUCAAUAGAUUACUACGGAAAGGAAGUAGUUAUUUUAAUCUCAACCCAUUUGCAGUCUUGCAAAUUCCACCAAGUCAAAUUAAUAUGCCAUUGGAAAAAAUUAAAAAAAAGUACAAGACCCUGUCCAUAUUGGUUCAUCCAGACAAAAAUACAGAUCAAAGAGACCGUGCUAAGGAUGCAUUUGACAUAGUGAACCGUUCAUGGAAAAUUUUAGAAAAUGAAGUGUCUAGAAAAAAGUGCAUGGAUAUAUAUGAAGAAGCUAAAGAUCGUACGGACAUGAUGAUUGCAGCUAAACGUAAAAAAAACAAAAAAGAUGGAUAUCCAGAUGCUCCGAUUCCCGAAGAUAAUCCAGAAAAAUACGAGCACACAAUUUACGUAACAGUUAUGAAACUUUUUGCAGACAUGGAAAGAAAACGACAACAAUUAGAUGUGCGAGAUAUGGAGGAAAGAAAACGCAAGCGUGAAGCGGAAAUUGAACAAGAAGAAGCUCUGAAAGCAGAACGAGAAUGGCAAAGGAAUUUUGAAGAGUCUCGUCAGUCACGAGUCAACAGUUGGCAUGAUUUUCAAUCUAAGAAUAAAAACAAAAAAAAGAAGAAAGAUAAAGGUUUGUUUAAUCCUCCAAAACUUAAGCCGGAAAGUCGUUAAAAUCUUUAACUUUUUCAUUUAUAAUAUUUGAUAAGAAUUAUUUAUAUUUUUUAGAAAUAAAUAAAUUUGUUAAGUAAACAAAUAAACAUUUUAA